CAUGGCGUCCGGCAGCACCAGUGAGGAGGAGCGCAGUCUGCGGGAAUGUGAGCUCUACGUCCAGAAGCACAACAUCCAGGCGCUGCUCAAGGACUCGAUUGUGCAGUUGUGCACCGCGCGGCCCGAGAGGCCCAUGGCAUUCCUCAGGGAAUACUUUGAGAGGUUGGAGAAGGAGGAGGCAAAACAGAUUCAGAUUCUGCAGAAGGCCAGCAGCCGGGCAGACUCUCGGGAAGAUGAGAUCUCUCCUCCUCCCCCCAACCCGGUGGUCAAGGGCCGGAGGCGACGCGGUGCCAUCAGUGCUGAAGUUUACACAGAGGAAGAUGCAGCGUCAUAUGUUAGAAAGGUUAUACCAAAAGAUUACAAGACAAUGGCUGCUUUAGCCAAAGCCAUCGAAAAGAACGUGCUGUUCUCGCAUCUUGAUGAUAAUGAGAGAAGUGAUAUUUUCGAUGCCAUGUUUCCAGUCUCUUUUAUUGCCGGGGAGACUGUCAUUCUGCAAGGUGAUGAAGGUGAUAACUUCUACGUCAUAGAUCAAGGAGAGAUGGAUGUCUAUGUCAACAAUGAAUGGGCAACUAGUGUUGGGGAAGGAGGGAGCUUCGGAGAACUUGCUCUGAUUUACGGAACGCCUCGAGCAGCCACGGUGAAAGCUAAGACAAAUGUGAAGUUGUGGGGUAUUGACCGAGACAGCUAUCGCAGAAUCCUCAUGGGAAGCACGCUGAGAAAGCGGAAGAUGUAUGAGGAGUUCCUUAGCAAAGUGUCUAUCUUAGAAUCUCUGGACAAGUGGGAACGUCUCACGGUAGCUGAUGCAUUGGAGCCAGUCCAGUUUGAAGAUGGGCAGAAAAUUGUGGUGCAGGGAGAACCUGGGGAUGAAUUCUUCAUCAUUUUAGAGGGUUCAGCUGCUGUGCUCCAGCGUCGGUCAGAAAAUGAAGAGUUUGUGGAAGUGGGAAGAUUGGGGCCCUCCGAUUACUUUGGUGAGAUCGCGCUGCUCAUGAACCGUCCUCGUGCCGCCACAGUGGUCGCACGUGGCCCCUUGAAGUGUGUCAAGCUGGAUCGACCCAGGUUCGAACGCGUGCUAGGCCCGUGCUCGGACAUCCUCAAACGGAACAUCCAGCAGUACAACAGUUUCGUGUCACUGUCCGUCUGAAAUCUGCCUCCCUUUCUCCUCUCCCCAUCAGUCCCUGCUUCACUCUCGCAGACGGCUUUCUUUCCCUCACUGCAGCCCAAGUGGCCACUGGUGUCACCGCUUCGUGUCUGUCCAGAUGAAAGGUUGCUUUUCUUGCACCAUUUUUAAUUUGGAGCAUCAAGUGAGUGCUCACACACAGUGAAAUAAAUAGAAUGAGU